AUGAAUAAUGCAAAAGGGGUAUUAAACCCCGCCUUCCAGUUGCCACCAAGAUUAUUGUGGUGGACGGUCACCGUUCUUCUCAUAAUCGCCGUCCUUGCUCCCACCUCAGAUUCAACGAGUGUAAGAAGAAGAAUACGGAAGCCCAGUAAAGUUUCCACCUCAUCUUCAACCAGCGUAGCAAGAACUACAGACCAGGUCAUAUCCGCUAGCGUGAAUAGGCCAAAGAUUCGUGGUCGCCCUACCAUUGCAAGCAGGAAGUCUUCUGCGGCAAUUGACAAUUCCGUUGGAACUGAUGAUCAUAAGAACAAAGAUGGCUAUAAAAUCGUCUGCUACUAUACAAAUUGGUCCCAAUACCGUACUAAAAUCGGUAAAUUCAUGCCAGAAGAUAUCCAGCCUGAUCUAUGCACCCACAUCAUUUUUGCUUUUGGGUGGAUGAAAAAAGGAAAACUCAGCUCUUUCGAAUCAAACGAUGAAACUAAGGAUGGAAAAACUGGAUUAUACGAUAGAAUCAAUGUGUUGAAGAAGGCCAACCCUAAACUGAAGACCUUAUUAGCUAUUGGUGGCUGGUCAUUUGGAACCCAAAAGUUCAAAGAAAUGUCCGCAACGAGAUACUCCAGGCAGACCUUUAUCUACUCAGCCAUCCCCUACCUGAGGGAUCGUAAUUUCGACGGUUUGGACGUGGAUUGGGAGUAUCCCAAGGGUGGAGAUGACAAGAAAAACUUCGUUUUGCUGUUGAAAGAACUUCGCGAAGCUUUCGAAGCUGAAGCUCAAGAGGUGAAAAAACCACGUCUUCUCCUCACCGCCGCCGUGCCUGUGGGUCCUGACAAUAUAAAGAGUGGAUAUGACGUACCGGCAGUUGCUAGCUACCUUGACUUCAUCAAUGUCAUGGCAUAUGAUUUCCAUGGCAAAUGGGAGAGAGAAACCGGCCACAAUGCACCUUUGUACUCGCCAUCUUCAGAUUCUGAGUGGAGGAAACAGUUGUCAGUAGACCACGCUGCCCACUUGUGGGUGAAGCUUGGAGCACCUAAGGACAAACUGAUUAUUGGUAUGCCGACCUACGGCCGGACCUUUACUCUGUCGAAUAUGAACAACUUCAAAGUUAAUUCCCCUGCCAGUGGGGGAGGGAAAGCGGGCGAGUACACAAAGGAAAGCGGCUUUCUCGCGUAUUACGAGGUAUGCGAAAUGCUUAAGAACGGUGCGGCGUAUGUAUGGGACGAUGAAAUGAAAGUGCCAUACGCUAUCAGCGGAGACCAAUGGGUGGGAUUCGACGAUGAGAAGUCCAUCAGAAAUAAGAUGAGAUGGAUCAAAGACAACGGCUUCGGCGGAGCGAUGGUCUGGACCGUAGACAUGGACGACUUCUCUGGAGACGUUUGCGGUGGAAAUGUCAAAUAUCCGCUCAUUGGUGCUAUGAGGGAAGAACUUCGUGGUAUAUCUCGUGGUAAGGACGCUAAGGACAUCGACUGGGCGGAAGUUGCCGGUACCGUGGUCAUAGAAGAAACUGAAAAACCAGAACCAAUCAAAAUCAGCUUAUCCGACGUUUUGAGCAAAGUAAAGAAACCCACAAAGACGUUAAUCAUCAAAAACAAUAAUGCCUUAGCAGCGGACAAAACGAAACGUGAUCCUCAAAUUCUCUGCUAUUUGACAUCCUGGUCGUCCAAACGCCCGAGCUCUGGACGAUUCACGCCAGAAAACGUUGAUCCAACACUCUGUACCCAUGUUAUUUACGCUUUUGCUACUCUAAAAGAUCAUAAACUUGCUGAAGGAGAUGAAAAGGACGCUGAUAUGUAUGACAAAGUAGUCGCUUUGAGAGAGAAGAACCCGAAUUUGAAGAUUCUCCUUGCAAUCGGUGGUUGGGCGUUCGGUUCCACCCCCUUCAAAGAGCUGACGUCCAACGUGUUCCGCAUGAAUCAGUUCGUGUACGAAGCGAUCGAGUUCCUGAGAGACUAUCAAUUCAACGGUCUGGAUAUAGAUUGGGAAUACCCUAGAGGAGCAGACGACCGAGCAGCUUUCGUAUCACUUCUCAAAGAACUUCGUCUGGCCUUCGAAGGUGAAGCCAAAACAUCAGGCCAACCACGUCUUCUCCUCUCAGCCGCUGUACCAGCAUCUUUUGAAGCGAUUGCCGCCGGAUAUGAUGUACCGGAGAUAUCUAAAUAUUUGGAUUACAUCAACGUAAUGACGUACGACUUCCACGGCCAAUGGGAGCGCCAGGUCGGACACAACAGCCCUCUCUUCCCCCUGGAGAGCGCUACGAGCUAUCAGAAGAAGCUCACCGUGGACUAUUCCGCUCGCGAGUGGGUACGUCAGGGUGCCCCCAAAGAGAAGUUAAUGAUCGGAAUGCCGACGUACGGGCGGUCCUUCACUCUUAUCAAUGAAACUCAGUUUGAUAUCGGAGCUCCUGCUUCUGGUGGUGGUAAAGCCGGUCGUUUCACGAACGAGGCGGGAUUCAUGUCGUAUUAUGAAAUAUGCGAUUUCCUUCGCGAAGAUAACACUACACUUGUAUGGGAUAACGAACAGAUGGUACCUUUCGCCUACAGAGAUGACCAGUGGGUCGGCUUCGAUGAUGAAAGGUCUUUAAAGACUAAGAUGACAUGGCUCAAAGAGGAAGGUUUUGGUGGUAUCAUGGUGUGGUCGGUCGACAUGGACGACUUCCGCGGCUCGUGCGGCGCCGGCAAGUUCCCGCUGCUGGCCGCCAUGCGCCGCGAGCUCGCCGACUACCGCGUGCGCCUCGAGUACGACGGGCCAUACGAGACCUACAUGCCUAACGGGCAGUAUACCACUAAAAAUCCUAAUGAAGUGACAUGUGAAGAGGAAGACGGCCACAUCUCCUACCACCCAGACAAAGCCGACUGCACCAUGUACUACAUGUGUGAGGGUGAAAGGAAACACCAUAUGCCCUGUCCCCAGAACCUGGUCUUCAACCCUAAUGAAAACGUCUGUGACUGGCCGGAAAAUGUCGAGGGUUGUGCUCAUCAUACCCAGGCACCAGCCAGGAGA